CUCAAAACUAACAAGACAUUGAUUUUUAUUUAAUGCUUUUUAAAUUCAGAUCUAGGCCUAUAUGGGCAUAUUUUGUAUUUAUAGGUAAUCCACUAUCAGGGUCACAUUGUUUGUUUUGUUAUUGUAUAUAUUUUUAUUCUCAAAUUAAGUGAGUUGUAACCACAACAGGUUUCAUUACUAAUAGCAGGACAGGGGUUUGUGUGGGUGCAUCAGUUGAUAGUGAUAGCUCUAUUUGACUGUUGUUGCUGGAUUUGUAAGUCAUUGAUUUGGAACUGUUAAAAGGCAGAGGUUUCCUUUUAUGGAAAAAAUAAUGCAAAUCCUUGGAACAUUAGGCUAUGACCAAUCAUAAUCUAGAAUUGAACAAUGCAUGGUAUCCUAAAAUGAAUAGACAAUUUAUAGAAUUAUGUGUUUUGUGUUAUGUUCUUCCUGGCUUCUCAUGAGAUACCGCCCCCCCCUCACUACUCAAGAGUUUCCUUUACGGUGAAACAGAAAGUGAAACUUAAAAUUUACAGCAUAACAGAUCAGGACCGCGAGGUCAGGCAACGGCAGAAACGAUUCCACACCAAUACGGAGCAGACGCCUAACGGCGCAUUGAUUUGGAAUUACUAAAAGACAGAGGUGUCCAGUUAUUGGAAAAUAAUGGACAUCCUUGGAACGUUAUGACCAAUCAGGAUCAAGUAUUUAACAAUGCAUGGUCGAACAUGUCGGAAAGUCAUCUAAUGGGCUUUUUAGUCCUCUUUCUCUCAAUCUUUCCUACUGAAUCAACUAUUGGAAUUCUCAACUCAAUCAAUGACCUGAAGAAAAUCCCAUUCGGCCAAUCGGUGCCCCAGCACAGCCUUGUGCUGCUCCACUGGUUUGCCAACACAAUAGAAUUUGACAACAACGACUUGAUAGAGCUGACCUUUGAACCAAGCAAUGGAGACUAUGGCACUCAUCAUUAUGGAAACUAUGAGGGAGUCCUGGAUCCACUAACACCCGGCCAGCAGUACUACACCCUCGGCAACAUCAACCCCAUGAUCAACAAUAACGGAAUCUCUUUGCCCUCUUAUGUCGCGGGUCACGUAAACCAUCUGUUGGGGGGUGAGGAACUCAACAGGGCACGCAUCAUAUUCUCGCUAUUGGACCAGGACACCAUCUGUCAGGUGUUCAUCACACAGCACUACGAGGCCAAUCAGGGUCUGGGGACUGGGUAUGACCCAGUGCACACCUACCAGAUCACCUUCAACCUCUUGAGGGUGCUCAGAGUCUUCUCCUUGGACCGAAGACAACACUCCGAUAUGUCAGAGAUCGGAGGCAACAUCGGAAGCGGUAUCAAUGACCACGAACUUUCGUCUAUAGGAAACACCUGGGGCCAGCUGGCGUGUGUCGGACUGCUGUUAUUCAUCGUGAUCAACGAGAGGAAUACGCCUUGCAGACCCAACAGAGCUCGAGAACCGAAGCGUCCUCCAAAAUGUAACGUUCGAGAACCAAAGCUUCCUCCCAAACAAAACGUUCGGCAACCGAAGCCUCCUCCGAUACCUAACAUUCGAGUACUGGCGAGUCCUCCGAAACGUAACGUUCGAGCAAGCGUUACUUCACACAUAUCUGUGAAUAUCCCCGAGAGGGACAUCAACUUCGAGGAACUUAACGUUCGAGCAAGCGUUACUCCGCACAUAUCUGUGAAUAUCCCAGAGAACGACAUCAACCUCAGACCACCAAACCAGGACUGGGACAUUGUUCAAUGUUGCAAUAAAUGUUGGUGUGCGUUCAAGAUAUGCGGACUAAUAGUAGGAAUAGUAAUAGCAAUAAGCAUCACAAUAAAAAUAUGCCUGUACCUACCUUAAUUUAUAGAGCACCUUUCGAAAGCAGAUCACAAAGUGCUUGACAGAAUAGAAUGAAACCAGAAUAGGAGAAUAGAAUAGGUGAAACCCUGACCCUAAGUGCAGAAUAAAUAAGUAUACUUAAAAUCAUAGAACUAAAUAUAAACGUUUGGAGAUGUAGGGCAGUGCUAGACCAAGCCUAGCUUUAGAGGUGAUGACAGUAGAGGUCAGAGCUGGCCCCCUUGGGAAGGCAAAGGUUCACUGGAGUGGAGUUCCACGCCAUACCCUUCACGGUGAUGUCGGUGCUCUACAAGAACCACCGGGACACCAGUGGGAUCCUUCACUAAAGUACUGGGCCAUCUUGGGGAACCUUUGAAACAUCGGUUCCACUAAACAAAAGCCAUGGGGUUAGUUGUUUUUUUUUCACGUUUUUGCCUAUGCUUUACCAGGCGAUAUAUGAACAAUGUCAAACAAUUUGAAACUUAUGUUUUAAGCACACACUGUAAAUCGUUAUCUCUGGUAAUGUAUUGAUCCAGAUGUGUUUAAUCAAUCUUUAAAUUAGAACGAUUAAGACAGACAGGGUACAUUUUUUUGCACUUCACAUUUCAAGUACUACUGUGUGUGUGUGUGUGUGUGUGUGUGUGUGUGUGUGUGUGUGUGUGUGUGUGUGUGUGUGUGUGUGUGUGUGUCGGUGUGUCAUGUGUGUGUGUGUGUGCGCACUCGUAUGUGUUUUUUAUGCUUACAAAUGGGUGCUUUAAACUUUUAUUUUCUCUGUACACUUGCUAGGAUGUGCACUCAUUAUGUGCCCGGAUGAAUGUAUCUUAAUCUAUAUUUCUUCGUUGGUUUUUUUUUGCACUUCACAAUUCAAGUACUACUGUGUGUGUGUGUGUGUGUGUGUGUGUGUGUGUGUGUGUGUGUGUGUGUGUGUGUGUGUGUGUGUGUGUGUAAGGGAGAACGGAACGCUGGACAGGACUGAGGCUGCAAGGGAAGCUUGCCUGCCUCCAGUCAGCUGAUCACUCUGUGUCCCACUCGAUUCUAAAAAAAAUGCAGCUAUCGAUGAGGAUAUCCUCAUUUUUACAGUAAAGGCACGCCUCCAGGUGCUGCCAACUAAACUGAAUCUGUCCAUCUGGUAUCCCAAUAAUCAUGACUCUCCCUGUCAACACCAUGGACAGCGUCAGACCACAGAGUCUAUGUCCCACAUUUUAAACGGCUGUAAUGUUUACCAAGGACUAUACAUAGCCAGGCAUGACAGAAUUGUUGACAUUAUCACCAAAGAUGUGUCACCCAUGUUUGAUUCCUCUGUUUUGUUCUACAAACAUUCAUGUGUGAAACCAGAAAAUGUUUCAAUGCAAUGACCCCCAUGUAUUUCAAGGUAUAACAGCAAAUACACCAGAUGUCAUUGCGAUUGAUGAGAAUAGCAGAGAGGUUUUCCUAUGGGAAGUUGGUUACACUUUCGACUCAAGUUUAGAGGAAGCUUUCCUCACUAAACAAGUUAAGUUCCAACCAUUAGUGCAAGCUAUUAUACGUUUAGGCUAUAAAUGCCAGGUCAUCGUUUUUAUUUUCGGCAGCCUGGGUCAUGUCCACAGGCUGGUGGUCAGAGGCUUGAGAAUUAUGAGGUUGUCCAAAUGUAAAGCAAAGCAGCUUGCAACAUAUUGCUCAAUCUCCUCCAUUAUAGGCAGCCGAGCUAUUUGGAGGAGGUGUUUUCUGUACCCAUCGAUUUUCUCUGUCUGUUAACAGACUCUGUGCAACCAACGUUGAUUGAAUAAGCUCAUGUGUACGUAUUGUCUAUUCUGUGUAUGUUGGACUCAAGUACUGCAACAUGUUGUUUCGAGGAUGUAGGGCAUCAAAAGCAACUGAAAAUAUUUGUGCCCUUGCAAUGUAUUUUAUAAAUGCGGACACAAAACAAGACAUUGAAAUGUGUGUGUGUCGGGGUAAAUAAGACGAUUAUAUGAGACAUGUUUGAAUUAAAUACAAAAACACUGUUUUCAA